GGGAAAAGUGCAGGGCUUUUUUUGUUUUUUGUUAGUGGAGUGGAUUCUAUUAUUCGGUUUAUGGAACGCAACAAGCCGAGAGGAAGAACAAACGAGAAAAGCUGUGACCAUCUCGGAGCAACUGGCAGCGAGCAGGAUUAAGGGAUUACACACUCUUCUAAAGCUGUAAAUUAAGAUCCCACCACAACGACGUCCCACGUUCGCCCGCCGAGAUGGACCCCGCCUCGCCACAGCGCCGCCAGCUGUCGCAAAUCACACUAUCCAGCACACGUCGGUGAUGUCCACCGGAGCAGCGCUCCGUUUGCUGCCACUAGUCAAUCGUCAUCAUUGGAACCACCACCAGCAUCAUCAUCAUCACCGUCGGCAGCCGCCCUGUCCACCAGGAGGAUGACAGCAUGCAAGAAAAGCUGCUUUCGAUUCCGCCACAGGAAGAUGUCACUUCUGUGGCUAUUACUGAUGAUGUGUGCCUUCGCCGGCGAUAGCGGUGGAGGGAAAGAAGGAGGAGGAGGAGGAGGAGGAGGAAUAGGAUUAGGGCUAUUUAGGCUAGCCAGUGCCGAACAUGUUCGGGAGCUGGAAGUGUCCGAAGGAGUGCCGAUUGGGCACCAGAUUGGGUUCAUUGGGGAAUUCCUGCAUGGGGUCGAUAGUGGCCCACCGUAUCUGAUAGUGCCGGUACCGGGAAGUGCCGUGGAUACGGAACUAGCGAUAGAUCAUACGACCGGAGAAAUCCGGACAAAAGUCCCGCUGGAUAGGGAGAAACGAUCAUCCUACUCAUUAGUGGCAAUUCCGUUGAGCGGAGAAAACGUCCGAGUUGUGAUACGGGUGCUGGACGAGAAUGACAAUGCGCCCACUUUUCCAACGGCUCUUAUGAACAUUGAGUUUCCGGAGAACACUCCGCGGGAUGUGAAACGAACGCUAAACCCGGCCAGGGAUUUGGACCUCGGAAGGUACAACACCCAGAGGUACAACAUCGUGUCUGGGAAUGUAAAUAAUGCCUUCCGGUUAUCGUCGCAUCGGGAACGGGACGGAGUGUUGUAUCUAGAUUUACAGAUCAACGGAUUUCUCGAUCGGGAAACCACACCAGCUUAUAGUCUCGUUGUAGAGGCACUGGAUGGUGGUAGUCCUCCACUAAGGGGGCAGAUGACGGUCAAUAUUACGAUCCAAGAUGUUAACGAUAAUCAACCGAUAUUCAACCAGAGUCGGUAUUUUGCCACCGUCCCGGAAAAUGCCACAAUCGGUACUACGGUUCUCCAGGUCUACGCCACGGAUCAGGAUGCCGGUGAAAACGGGAUGGUUGAGUACGCCAUCAACAGGAGGCAAAGUGAUAAGGAUCAAAUGUUCCGGAUAGAUCCCACCACGGGGUUGAUUUCCGUCAAUAAGCCGCUGGAUUUCGAAACGAAGGAGCUGCACGAACUGGUGGUAGUGGCGAAAGAUCGCGGUUUACAACCACUGGAAACUACAGCUUUUGUGUCGAUACGAGUGACUGAUGUGAACGAUAAUCAACCGAUAAUAAACGUGAUAUUUUUGAGUGAUGACGCGACACCGAAGAUUUCAGAAUCAGCCCAACCCGGAGAGUUUGUCGCAAGAAUUUCAGUGAAUGAUCCCGACUCGAAAACGGAAUAUUCGAAUGUGAAUGUGACGCUGUCCGGUGGUGAAGGUCAUUUCGGGUUGACCACGAGGGAUAACAUAAUUUAUCUAGUGAUUGUUUCGCUUCCGUUGGAUCGUGAGAUAAAGCCGAAUUAUACUUUGAGUGUAGUGGCAACGGAUACCGGAAAUCCGCCGUUGCAUGCAGCGAAAACGAUUUUCCUCACGGUUACUGACAUCAACGAUAAUGCUCCGGAUUUCGAUAAAGAGAUCUACCACGCGAAUGUGAUGGAAGUGGCCGAUCCGGGAACGUCGGUGAUCCAGGUGACUGCCAUCGACAAAGACGAAGGCAACAACUCGGCCAUCGCGUACUCCCUGCUGGAUACACCCGAUACCCAUUCGCAGUGGUUCCAGAUCGAUGCCAACUCCGGGUUGAUAACAACCCGAGCGCACAUUGACUGUGAAACCGAUCCGGUGCCGCAGUUGAUCGUGGUGGCGAAAGAUAAUGGCUUCCCGCCAAUGUCUUCCACCGGUACCGUGCUGGUUACAAUCCACGACGUCAACGAUAACGAGCCGAUCUUCGAUCAGAGCUUCUACAACGUCUCGGUGGUGGAGAACGAACCCAAAGGACGCUGCAUUCUGAAGGUAUCCGCUACCGAUCCGGACUGUGGCGUCAAUGCGAUGGUAAAUUACACCCUCGGCGAAGGUUACAAGAAGAUCACGGAGUUUGAAAUACGUUCGAGCACUGGCGAGGUGUGCAUCGCCGCCGAGCUGGACUACGAGACGCGCAAUUCGUACGAGUUUCCGAUCAUCGCCACCGAUCGAGGUGGCCUCAGCACGACAGCAAUGGUCAAAAUUCAACUAACCGAUGUGAACGACAACCGGCCGACCUUCUACCCCCGCGAGUAUAACGUUUCCCUGCGCGAAUCGAUGCCCACCAACUCACUGCUAUCGACGCCGGUCGUGGUGAUUGUGGCCACCGAUUCCGACUCGGGAAGCUUCGGUACCAUCAGCUAUCGGAUAGUGGCCGGCAACGAGGCGGGCAUCUUCCGAAUGGAUCGGCUAACCGGUGAGAUCUUCGUUGCCCGUCCAAAUAUGCUGUCCAGCAGAAGUCAACCGUACCAUCGACUGAACAUCUCCGCCAGCGAUGGAGGAGGCUUGCGCUCAACGCACGACGCAGAAGUAUUUAUCAGCGUGAUCGAUGCGACACAACGACCACCGAUAUUUGACAAGCCACGGUACACAUACUAUGUAAAGGAAGACGUCAAAAAGAAUACCGUUGUCGGAACGGUGUCUGCCACUAGCAGUAAUUCAGGAAGCCGAGGUUCCAUACGGUACUUCAUCUAUUCUGGUGACCCGGAUGGCUACUUUGCGAUCGAUCCUGUUUCCGGAAACAUACGAGUAGCAAGCACACUGGAUCACGAAACGAAACCACAAGUGCUACUCAACAUCCAAGCUACCAGUGGUGAUCCACCGGCAUAUGGCCACACCCAGGUCAACAUCGAUAUCGAAGACGUCAACGAUAACCCACCGGAGUUUGAGUCGAACAUAGUUCGAAUAUCUGUGCCGGAAAACGUCGAAAUUGGAUCGCCACUGUAUGCGGCUAAUGCCCACGACAAGGACUCCGGAAUGAGUGGUGUAAUCACCUAUCGUCUGAGCAACAAUGGACCGACAACGGGAAAUCUCUUCAGCAUAGCCGGUCGUAGUGGUCACCUAAGUUUGGCACGACCGCUGGAUUACGAAACUGUGCAACGACAUACGUUGAUUGUGACCGCUUCCGACUCGGGAAUACCCUCGCUAUCUACGAAUCUCACCAUCCUAGUGGAAGUGCAGGACGUCAACGAUAAUGCACCGGUCUUUGAACGGAAUGAGUAUUCGAUCAAGGUUUCGGAAUCAACGCCCAGUAACUCACAGGUCCUGCAGGUAACGGCCGUCGAUGCAGACACUGGAAACAACGCACGCUUGACCUAUCGAAUCUUGGGGGAUGAUCAACGAGCACGCUCCGGUAAAGCCACCUCCAAAAAUUCCGACGCCAGUAUUCCGGAAAUUUUCGGCAUCUUUCCAAAUAGUGGUUGGAUUUACCUUCGCACGAAACUCGACCGCGAGGACCAAGAACGUUACAACAUAACGGUGAUCGUUAGUGACAACGGAGUUCCCACGUUGACUGCCACCACCCACGUGAUCGUCAGUGUCCUGGACGCGAAUGACAACAAUCCGAUCUUUGCCAAACAACUGUACCAAUUCGAGAUCGAAGAGAACAUGCGAAGGGGAUCAGUCAUUGGAUUAAUUACGGCAACCGAUGCCGAUGCGGGAAUCAAUGCAGUUGUUCGAUACAGUCUAAUUCCUAGCAAUACAAGCUUUCAAGUUAACCCUGUAUCAGGUGAAAUUACCACACGUGACAGUUUGGAUCGGGAAACAAAAUCCAACUACGACCUGGUGGUAGAAGCUCGUGAUCAAGGAACUCCCUACCGGAGCUCACGGGUCUCAAUCAAAAUCAAAAUUCUCGACGUCAACGACAACUCUCCGGAGAUCGUCGAUCCCCAGGAGGAUGUAGUAAGUGUUCGUGAAGAACAACCGAUAGGAACCGAAGUCGUGCGCGUUCGGGCAAUCGAUCGUGACUUUGGUGUCAACGCGUCGAUCACGUAUUCAAUCCUCAAGGGGCGCGACUCCGACGGGCAUGGUAUGUUCUCGAUCGAUCCCAUCACAGGGGUUAUCCGGACAAAGGCUUCACUGGAUCAUGAGGAGAAAACGAUCUACCGCUUGGCGGUGGCUGCUACCGAUAACGGAAAACCUCCCAGACAAACUGUUCGUCUACUGAGGAUCGAAGUGCUAGACUUGAAUGACAAUCGACCUACCUUCACCAGUUCCAGUUUAGUCUUCAGACUCCGUGAGGAUGUCGGCGUUGGUCAUGUAAUUGGAUCCAUCAGUGGUAGUGAGCAGUCCGAUUCAGAAAAUCUCAUUACCAGUACAAACGAUCUGCAUAUCACCUACACGUUAACUCCCCUCACAAACGACAUCACUGAAGGGGCUUUCGAUAUUGACCGCAACUCUGGCAAGUUGGUCGUUGCACGAUCACUCGACCGUGAACAGCAAAGUGAGUAUCGGAUGGAGAUCCGUGCUUUGGAUACCAGUGCGAGUAACAACCCUCAAAGUUCGGCUGUAACGGUCAAGAUCGAGAUAGCCGACGUCAAUGACAAUCAACCGAAAUGGCCCAGCGAUCCGAUCAAUGUCUACAUUUCGGAAGAUGUCACAGUAGGAUCGGUUGUAUUUAACUUCACUGCUACGGAUAACGACUCCGGAACGAACGCCGAGAUCAAGUACAAUCUCUCCAAACCUACCACUCCGCAUAAGGAACUCUUUUCGAUUGAUUCACUAACGGGCUCGUUGACUCUGCUUGCACCCCUGGAUUAUGAAGAAACCAAAGAAUUCCUACUGAUAGUUCAGGCAACGGAUCAAUCUUCCAAUGUUACCGAAAGAAUGACCACUUCCGCCACUGCCAGAAUAAUGGUCACGGAUGUAAAUGAUAAUGCACCAAGCUUCGUAGUUCCGCAAGCUCAGGAUACGACCGUCUAUAUCAGCGAUUCGUUGGAUGUCAAUCAAGUUGUUUCACAUGUUGUGGCCAUCGAUCGCGAUAGUGGGGAAAAUGGCCGUGUUGUCUAUAAGUUCGUUAGCGGCAACGAAGACGAACGUUUUAAAAUCGAUCCAGAUACGGGUUUCAUCAGACUGGCCAAGCCAUUUAGCAGCAACUUCAUUGCCGAUAACUCCAAGAAUUCGGUAACUGGCCGAUACAAUUUGGUAAUCAGUGCUUCCGACCAAGGUGUUCCACGGUCCAAAGAAGCGAAGAUCACUAUUCAAGUGGUAAUUCAAAAUACGAGUAACAAUCCACCGAGGUUUUUGGAAUCCGUGUACCAUAUCAACAUAACGGAGAAUGUCCCUACCGGAAGCUUUGUCGUACGAGUAUCAGCUAAAUCCUUCAACGACAACGGUAAUGCCAAUCUGACCUAUGAAAUUCCCAAAGGCGUGGGCGAUGAUCACUUCGUUGUGGACUCGAUCCGAGGGAUUGUUACUACCCGAGGGGCAUUUGAUCGCGAAUCCAAAGACAUGUACACGAUCCCAAUCUACGUUACGGAACAGAACCGAUUCAAAAGUGCAGCGUCGGGAACCUCCAAGGACAUGAGUCAAUUCGAUGUCGCCACCUUGGUUGUGAGGAUCACAGAUGUGAACGAUCAUGCCCCGGAGUUUCUGCCAGGAUCGUGCUAUCCACUGGCCGUACCGGAGAAUAGUGAACUUUCUGUGAUUCACACUGUUGUGGCGAGCGACGCGGAUGAAGGUCUCAAUGGCGAGAUUACGUAUAGUAUUUCUGGUGGAAAUAUUGGCAACAAGUUCAGCAUCGACAUGAAUACUGGAGCUCUGACGGCUCGUCCGUUGGAUCGAGAGAUUCAUGCAAGGUACGUACUGCAAGUCACAGCACAAGAUCGAGGAUCCCCAACGUCCCAUCAAGGUCACUGCAACAUCACCAUUCGCGUCGAAGAUGAGAAUGACAAUGAUCCAAAGUUUGAGCUGCAAAAGUACAUUGCCACGAUCGACGAAGAUGCGUCCAUUGGCACGACCGUCCUAACGGUCAAAGCCAUUGACGCGGACAUUGGAAUCAACGCUAGGAUCAUUUACUCGUUGGCUAAUGUUACCGAGUGGCUGUUUGAUAUCGACAGUAAAAGUGGAGUUAUUACAACGGCGGGCCAUUUCGAUCGCGAAAGACAGAGCAUUUACAAUUUCAUGGUCGUUGCAACGGAUGGUGGACGAUACAACGCUCGCUUCCAAAGCGUCCAAAUUCAAGUGAUCAUCGCAGACGUCAACGACAACAAACCGGUCUUCGAUAAAUACCCCUUCAAAGAACAAAUUGGAGCUCUGGUUCAGCCAGGACAGACCUUGCUCCAUAUUUCCGCAACGGAUGCUGAUCAGGGCAGCAAUGGAGAGAUCGUAUACAGCCUAAACGACAAUCCGAACAAUGCCAAGUUUCGGAUCAACCCAAAUACGGGAGCUCUCAGUGCAACACAGUCUCUGGCCAGUGAAAAUGGUCGCCUGCUGCACAUUGAAGUUACGGCAAGAGACAAGGGAAAUCCUCCGCAGAUUGCUACAGGACUGAUUGAGCUUCGCGUUGGUGAUCUGCAGCAGGAGCUUCCAGCUCUUAAAUUCCAGAACAGCUCGUACAAAGUGAACCUUGUCGAGAACACUCCCAUUGGUCAAACAGUGCUUCAUCUGAAUGCAGUUCGCAGUGAUGGUCGUCGACAGAAGAUCAUCUACAGCUUUGGAUCCGGCAACGAAGAUGGCACGUUUUCGAUUGACGCCGUUACUGGGGAGGUGAAGAUUCGUAACUCGCAUAACCUGGAUUACGAGCGGUUCAGCCGGUUGAACACGGAAGGAAUCGAGCUGGUUGCAGUUGCUCGUACCGAUGGCAGUCCUCUACUGUACGGAUACUGCUCGAUCAAGAUUGUUCUGCAGGACGAAAACGAUAAUGCCCCAAGGUUUACCCAGCAGCAAUAUUCGGCAUCAGUUUGGGAAGGGAACAACAAAGGUGAAUUCGUUAUCAAGGUAAACGCCUUCGAUACGGACCAGGGAUCGAAUGCUCAUAUUCUGUAUCACAUUGUGGAUGGAAAUCACGACAACGCCUUCAUCAUCGAGCCUGCAUUCAGUGGAAUCGUCAAAACGAACAUUGUGCUUGAUCGGGAAAUUCGAGAUAAAUACAAGUUGAAGGUGAUCGCUACCGAUGAAGGAGUGCCACAGAUGACAGGUACCGCAACGAUCAACGUAAAUGUGGUGGAUGUAAACGACAAUCAACCGACGUUCCCACCCAACAGUGUCAUUAGCGUUAGUGAAGCGACUACCGUUGGUACAGUUCUUACGACGAUCACCGCCAAUGACGUGGACACAAAUCCACCGUUGACGUACAGUUUCGGUGACAGCCCCGACGAAGAUGCAAAGCUAUACUUUUCCAUCGAUCGAUACAGCGGAAAAGUUAUCUUGAUCAAACCUUUGGACUACGAAGCUCGUCACGAGUAUCAACUGAGGAUAUUGGCAUCCGACUCUGCUCAUGUAGCUCGUACUUUGCUAACGGUUCGGGUAACUGACGUCAACGAUAAUCCUCCUGUAUUCCAACAAAUUACUUACCAUGCUAUGCUGAACGACGACACGGAGAGCAACAACAACAUCGCGAUCAUAGCAGUUAACGCUACGGACAGCGACAGUGAAAACAACGCCGCCAUUCGAUACACGAUCAAUCCACCGUCGACAGGCUUCGCGAUCGAUGAACUCACCGGGCAGCUGUUUGUCAACAUGAGUCAGGUGCACAAAACUCGUUCCGGAACGUUGUAUCUCACCGUCACGGCUACCGAUUCGGGACUUCCACCGCUCAGUUCAUCGACUACAGUUAGACUAGAAAUGAAAUCUAAGAGUAAGGCCAAUCCACAUUUUAUCCAAAAUCAAUACAGGCUGUCAAUCAACGAAGACGCACCGACUGGAAGCGUGAUCACGAAUCUUAUACCCAAGGCUAUCGCUGAACAGGUUGACGUUAGUUCGAACAUCGCUUUCGAGAUUAUCGAUGGCAAUGAGGAUAGUUCGUUCGAGAUCUCCUAUCCGUCGGGUGCAAUCCUCUUGGUGAAGCCGCUUGAUCGCGAAACGAUUGAUUACUAUGAACUACGUUUAGUUGUCACCGAACCGGGAUCCACCAUGAUCUACAAGGGUAUGAAUAUGUCUUCGGCUAUUCGCGUGACAAUUACCGUUGAAGAUGCCAAUGACAAUGCACCUGAAUUUCAGCCAGGUCCGUAUGAAGUGGCGAUUAGCGAAACGGCACCGAUCAAGCAUUCGAUUGCACAGAUCUCUGCCAUCGAUGCCGAUUUGUUGAACUCUCCAAACUCUGAAGUCGUGUACCAGAUUGUAUCCGGUAACGAUGGAGGAUGGUUUUCAAUUGACUUGAUUACGGGACUCUUGUACAUCAACAACAAUCUGGACUACGAUCGAGGACCAACGCAGUACAAUUUGGUAAUCCGUGCCUGUGACAGUCAUGUCCUGCCAAAGUGUAGCGUGCAUCCCUUCGUGAUCAAUCUCACGGAUGAAAACGAUAACGAACCGCAGUUCCCCGUUCCGGAGUAUCUUGAGUUCGUUGGAGAGAACGAACCGAUUGGAAUCAGCAUAUUCACGGCUCGAGCGACCGAUAUGGAUCGGGGAGAAUACGGUCAUGUGAACUACUCGAUCGAUAAUGCACUGACCGGUAGCUACUCCAACGUUGAUGAUGGUUGGAAGUUGUUCAAAGUAGAUUCGGUUUCCGGAGUGAUCAACUCGAAUGCAGUGUUUGACUACGAGGAGAAGAACCGAUACUCGUUCACGCUAAGGGCAUCGGAUACGGGCGGAAAAUCAAAGACAGUUAAGGUUCGCAUUAUGAUCGAAAGCAGAGACGAGUUCAGUCCACAGUUUACGGAGAGGACGUACAGAUUUAUUUUGAAAACGCCGGAUACGGGCCAUCUCCCGGUCGGAUAUGUGGUAGGACAUGUGACGGCUACCGAUCGGGAUCGAGGGCCAGACGGCAGGAUCGUUUAUCAAUUGACCAAGCAGCAUCCAUACUUCAAGAUGAAUAGAACGACGGGAGCGAUCUUGAUUAAGAAGAAGCUGGAUGACGUGGCAGCCUCCCUGGAAGCUGGAAGGGACAUCAGUUUGGUUGUGACGGCAAGUUCCGGCCGGCAAGGAUCGCUCACCAAUAUGACUGUGGUGGAGAUUUCGAUCGAUACGCUUGGCCACGUGAAAGGCGGCGAUGGCGGUGGAGAGUACGGAAGUUCAGAAUCUGUGUCCGCUAGCAAUGGGUUGGCCAACUGGGCGUUGGGUCUCCUGAUUUCUAUACUAUUGGUAGUCAUUUGUGCAGCAUCCGUAUUCCUGUUCUUGCACAUGAGAAAUCGACAGCAAAAACACGUCAACAAGUCUGGUUUGAGCACGGAAUCCGUUGGACAUUCGAAUAACUACGUAGAUCCAAGUGCCUUCGAUACCAUACCGAUUAGAGGCAGCUCGAGCAAUACAAAUAAUGCCGGACAAUUUGCACCCCCGAAGUACGAUGAGAUUCCUCCGUACGGAGCCAGUUCCAAUUCAGGGGCUGCUACCACCUCCGAGCUGUCCGGAUCCGAACAAUCCGGAUCAAGUGGACGAGGGUCGGCGGAAGACGAUGGGGAAGAUGAAGAAAUUCGAAUGAUCAAUGAAGGUGGUCCACUGCAAAGAGAUGCUCUGCAGCUAGACGGUAGGUUAUCGGAUGUUUCCGUGCAAAAUACGCAGGAGUACUUGGCAAGGCUGGGAAUUGUUGACAACGCAACCACAGGUAAUGCUUCCAAUUCCUCGAGAAGGUGCUCGGAGAGUAUAGGCUUGGGUAGCUCGAAAGACGCAAUGCUCCACCAUACGUUGCCGAUCGAUACAUUGCACAUGUUCGACGACGAACACCGAGAGUCAGACUUAACCAAUCUCAUCUACGCUAAGCUCAAUGAUGUAACGAACAAUAGUGAUCGAGCGAGUAGUGUAGACGAAACCGUGACCAAUGCAGGCAGUAUAGGUGCCGCCGUUGAUCACGUCAUGAUGGGUAACUAUGGAGAUGUCCCGGUAGUCGGUGGACAGCAGGGCAUCUCCAUGAACGGUUCCCUCAGCUCAAUUGUACAUAGUGAAGAAGAACUGACGGGUAGCUAUAACUGGGACUACCUGCUUGACUGGGGUCCUCAGUAUCAACCUCUAGCGCAUGUGUUUUCGGAAAUUGCGCGCCUCAAAGACGAUACUCUUUCGGUCCACAGUGGCAACAGUGGGACAUCUAGUGCCAAAAGCAAAAACUCGCUUCAUCACACCGUCAAAAAUGUCCCACCGCCACUGUUGACCAACGUGGCACCACGGUCCAUCAAUGUACCGGUGUUUUCGGCCCGGGGCACCAGUAGUCACCACGGUCAACCACCCAACCAGUAUUUGCUGCCAAGAUCACCGAUUAGUCAUGAUUCGGCAGCAGGUUUCAGCACCUCAUCAGCUAUGUCACCUAGUUUCUCCCCAUCCCUGUCUCCCCUGGCAACCCGAUCACCAUCGAUAUCUCCGCAUGUAGUUUCGACCGGUGUGCCAACAUCCCAUCACAUGGUUUCGCUGCCACGGCCCCCCCAGCAACGGGGUCAGCGGAAGCCCUACUAAGUGAUUUAGGAAAGUUUCCCCCCAUAUUAACGCACCCCACCCCCACCCACAAUACAUACCUAGUAGGAAUGACAUGGCUGUGUAGUUUAAACAUAAUAAAAGACUGUAAAUAAACAAAAUCAGUCCUCUCCUCUCCAUGGCAACGCCGAUCUGUACAGUUAUUUCUUAGAUUUGUACAGUUCCAUGUUUAGCGAAUUUAUUUUAAAUGGAAAACAAUUUAGCCUGUAAGUUUUAACCGUUCACAACAAAGUGCCUUUCGAGUAUACAUAUGAUACAAACUAGCCUGUAAAUAGACGGAGUUUUAGUGAAAAACUUUUAAAUAUCAACUGUAUAAAGAAGCAUUUGGUUCCAACGGAACUAGGUAGAUUUUAAACGAAUACACAAAUGAAAAUGCUACAAUUACACAGAGCGAAUACGAACCAUCGAAUUUUAACAGUUUUCCAAUUCUACAAAUAAGACUGUACAUAUCGUUUCUUGUUAAUAUUAGUCUACGUUUAUUCCAAUAGAGAUAAUCGGAGAAAAUACUUUAUCGAAUUAUGCCGUGUAAAAUAAACCGACAUGGAUGUCAGCAUUUUUGCGAGGAAAAGACUGUUAAGCAAUAGAGCUUUUCGUUAGAGGAAAUAGUGUGUAUUUUAACAAAACUUCCAAUUCCCUUUGAGCUGUAAAAAGUGAGAGAGAGAGGAAGCUAGCAGCAUUUUAUCGAUGUAAUGUGUUUUAUUUUUUGAAGCGCUCGAAACGGAUAUCGCAUUUUAUUUGUCGAACCCAUUUUAGCAGAAAGUGCAGGAAAAAUCCAUUACCAUCCUGAAAAUUUAAAAACACUAGAUAAACAAAUUUCAUACCGUUCGAAAUUGAUUUUAAUGUAUUUAUAUUAUUUUUUGCAUAAAGGCCAUAUGUAAGCAGUGAAAGCGAUGAAAGUUUUAAAAAUAAACGUAUUUAAAAAUAUUAAA